AUGCACCGGAUCGUGGGGUCCAGCACGGCGAGCAGCGCCCCAGGGCAUUGCUUGAGCUACGACACCACAGUGAGUGGAAACGGCAUGCUUCUCAGACUGGUGAGAGCCAGGCUCGGCCCCAGCCCUGCCUGGCCCACAGCAGGCGGCAGCUGCCUGCACGGGUGCCUGCCACACCCGCACCCCUUGCCGGCACAGCGGGCAGCGCCUGGCAGCGCCCAGCUCGUUGCUCUCUUCUCUGGACCGUGGCGGGUCAGUACUACGUCGGCGCUGGGGAGCAGGAAGAGGAGGAGGAGGAGGAGGAGGAGGAAGUGGCUGCUGGAUGCUCACAGCGAUGCCCCUCUUGGGGUGGCCUAUCGGGAGAGCCCAGCACCGCGGGGGGCGUCACGCAGCCUGGAGAGCGCCUCCAGCUCCAUCCUGAGCCUCUCUGGUGAGGAAGAGGAGACGUCGAGCAGUGAGGUGGUGGCGGAGCCGUGCUGCGUGCCAGCGGGCAGCGAGGAUGAGUGCCCCAUCUGCACGGAGCCCUAUGAUGACCAGCAGCACAAACCAGCGCUGCUCAACUGCAACCACGGGCUGUGCCGUGCCUGCCUGCGUGCCAUCAUGGACACAGCCGCCGGCGCUGAGUUCGGCCGCGUGCGCUGCCCCAUCUGCCGCCAGAAGACGCCCAUGCUGGAGUGGGAGAUCUGCAAGCUGCAAGAGGAGCUGCUCCUGCUGCAUGCCCAGCCCACCUCUCCUGGCACCCUGACCACCCCUCGGCCCCCCGCCCUGCCGCCCCGGCGCCCGGGCCUCACUGGUGCCCUCGAGCAUCGCUUCCAGGUGCGCUUCCACACCAGCCGCAUGUUCGGGUGCCUGCCCUGCAUCCGCUACCCGCCCUGCCUCAUCCACGGGCUGGGGCGGCUGGAGCGCCGCUGCCGCUGCUGCUACCUCCUGGUGCUGGUGCUGCUGCUGGUGGCUGAGAUGCUCAGCCUCCUCCUCAUCUUCCUCCCCAUCGUCCUGAUGGUGAUGCUCUUCCUCAUCCUUGAUAAAUAGUGCUGCGUUUGUGCCUCCAGGAUGGGCCGUGCCUGGGGAGAGGAGCCCCGCUCCUGCUUCACCCCUGGGGGGCUGGUGCUGGGUGGCGAUGCCAGCCUGGAGCAAACCCAUGAACCAAGCUGUCCGGGAAGCCCUGGCACUGCCGGUGAGCCCGGAGCAGGUGAGGCAGCGGAGGAGCCAGGGUGGGCAGCCGAGGGAGGUGACCCCAGAGCUGGGCAUUGCCUGUGUCCCGCCAGGCACUGGGCACCACCGCACGGCAGCAGUGAAGGAGCGGAUGGAAUGGGAGGCCUUCCUGCACCGGGGGCACAUCCCUGGCACAGGGCCAGGAACUGGAGGGGCUCUGCAGGCAGAGCAGGGGUGUGCCAUGGGCUGUGCCGCCUGCGCCCAGGCCAGAUGGACUGGGGUUCCCCAGCAUAGACUAGAAAUACAACUUGCAUUUG